GACAAUAGCUCAUUAGCUCCCUCUUGUGGACAUUCACCAGAAAGCUGCCAAACAGUUAAGAAAUGUGAGUUUGAUGCUUCCUCCUCUAGCUGAUGAUGAUGAUGAUUGCAAAUGACCUUUUCAUGCAGGAUCACAUCAUGUCCUUUUCUUCUCCUGCUCGCUACGAUCUUUUUUUCCAGCGUGGAGACGGACUAAUCGACAUCCGACUCUUUGUCAUCGCGCUGUCGACCGUCCAUCGACCGUCACAGGCCAUGGAGACGCUCAAACUGGCCUUUAAGAUGUUUGAGAGCGAGGUCAACGGGUACGUCUUGGAGGAAGACCUCGCUGCCAUUUUGGAGAUAAUGUUGGGAGUGAGAGAACUGGAUCUCUCCAGUCUCUUUUCGGCGCUGAACGGACCUGAAACCGCCAAAAUCACAUAUGGUGAGACUUCAUCUCAUUUGUGUUUGUUCCGUUCAUG